AUGGUGAGACCAAGAAGGCAAGCUGAUGUGCCCGAGGAUGAGCUACCCAGGGGUGAUGGAAAUUAUGCCAUGGCGAGGGCGUUGAAUAGGAUGACAAAGUUCCCCCAGACUCCUGCCUUUUUUGGGGAGGAGGAUCCAAUGCGAGCUAGGAGGUGGAUUCAAGAUCUGGAAAGAACAUUUGAAGUCUGUGGGUGCACUGAGGCCCAGAUGGUUUUAUAUGGAAGCUAUAUGCUGCAAGGUGAAGCGGCAAACUGGUGGGAGAUGAAGCGGCCACUCCUAGAAAGGGAGUUGGGAUCCUUGGCUGCUGUGUCUUGGCAGCAGUUUAAGAAAGAAUUUGAUGACCGAUACUUCCCUGUUUCGGUGAGACGGCAAAAGGCUCGAGAGUUCAAUAAUUUGGUUCAAGGAAACAUGACUGUCGAGCAAUAUGCAAGGAAAUUUAUGGAGCUUGGACGGUUCGCUCCUCACCUUAUUGCUACUAAGGAAUUGCGGGUUGAGAGUUUCCAAGAGGGCCUGCGCCACGAGGUAUGUAGACAAGUAGCCUGUCUUCAGAUUAUGGAAUUUCAGAAGUUGAUGGAUUUGGCAAAUAUCGCAGAGCAAGAGAAUAGCUUUGCAGUGGGCUCCCCUCCAGGUCAGAAGAGGCAGAGUUAUGUUAGUGAAGGAAGUAGUUCUGGAUCUCCACAUAAGUUUGUUCAGAGGACUGGGGCCCGUUCACAGACAACCUCCGGUGUUCGUGCAGGAGGCCGGACUCUAGUGUGCCCUAGAUGCAGUAGAGCCCAUGUGGGCGACUGCAGCCAACGGGGAAUUCAGUGUUUCAGAUGUGGCCAGCCGGGUCACUUUGCUCUGACUCCUGGUGAUGUGGAUUAUGGGGAUCCAGAGACCCACGAUGCUGGGGUGAUUACUGAUAGAGUUCGUCUAUAUGAUUUCUAUGCAUGUACUUUGUUUGAUUCUGGGGCAUCCCAAUCUUUUGUGUCCGCCACUUUUGCUCGGAUGUGUAAUCUAGUGACGGAGCCUUUAUCACAAUCCCUAGUAGUGACUCUUCCAAAUGGUGAGAUGGUAUGGUGCUCCAAAGUUGCUCUAGGCUGUCCUUUGGAUUUUGGUGGGAGGACAUUGGACGCAGAUUUGAUUGUAUUCAAGUUGCUUGGAUUUGAUAUAAUUUUGGGUAUGGAUUGGUUGUAUUGUUAUUCUGCAAAUAUUGAUUGUAGAAGUCGAAUAAUUGGUUUUCACCUCUCAGAUGGGGAUUAUUUAGAAUUCGUGGGAAGUAAGUUGAAGGUAAGACUAUUAAUUAUAUCAGCAAUUCAAGCUAAGAGAGAUAUAGCUUGUGGAGCAGAUGCUUUUUUGGUUCAAGUUGUGUCUACACCAUCUGAGAAGAAAUCUUUAGCAGAUAUUCCAGUGGUGGGAGAAUUUCUUGAUGUGUUCGUGGAUGAGUUACCUGGAUUGCCUCCCGUUCGCGAUAUAGAAUUUCUUAUUGAUCUGGAACCUGGGGCGGCUCCUGUGCAUAAGGCUCCUUACCGAAUGGCACCGGCUGAGUUAAAAGAGUUGAAGACUCAAUUGCAAGAAUUGGUUGACAAAGGAUUUAUUCAGCCUAGUACUUCACCGUGGGGAGCGCCUGUUUUGUUUGUCAAGAAGAAAGAUGGUACUCUCAGAAUGUGUAUAGACUAUCGGGAGUUUAACAAGGUGACUAUCAAGAACAAGUACCCUCUUCCUAGAAUUGAUGAUUUGUUUGACCAGCUUCAGGGAGCAACUGUCUUUUCGAAGAUUGACUUGAGAUCAGGGUACUAUCAGCUGAGGAUAAGGGAUAAGGACGUGCCCAAGACUGCUUUCAGGACGAGAGCAUGCUUGUCACCUUCGUCUGGCACUUGGGAAAUUAAGAGAGCAUCAAUUGUAUGCUAA